AUGCCUUCUUCGGUCUCGGGGUCUGCGAGCUCCACCCCGCCUCGGGGGGUAAUGGUUCCCAGGCCACAGGUGUCGCCUCCGCGACCACAGGCCCGCUCAGCGGGGAUGGCUGAGAGACCAUCCCGAAAUGAGAAUUUGUCAGACCUUGUGCGCUUCUUUCAGACUACUCAAAAUGCGCCUACACCCGGCCCUUCGUCUGUCAAGACUCCAACCUCACCGGAUAGCACGACGGCAUUGCCUGUCGUCACUGAAUCCAUGGAGCCAAAGGGAAGCCAAUUGGAAAUGGCAAAGGAAGUGAAACCAUUACAUCGCCGUCUUUUGCAAUUUACUCAACGUCAGAAAAAGGAUUCCUCUUCCAAAUCCAAGUUGGAUGAGAACCAGCGUCAGAUUGAGGCGCUCCAAAGGGAAGGGUACCUCCUUCCAGCUCCCAAGCCCAAAAGCAACCAUUCGGCCAAGACCAGCAUUAGUUCGAAAAACAGUCUGGAAAGGACAUUCUCCAAGUCAAAGAAGCACGAUGUUGAGACCAUCGGACAGCCAUGGUUGGAAAACGACACCAAAACGGGCCCUUUCGACUUCAAACGCCGCCUGGCCUCCCUGGAUCUCAGCGACUUUGGCUCAAUGGUCGACGUUGCCGUGUCGCUGUCAACGCAGUUUGAUGAUGCGUCGCCCCCGCCAUACCAGCCGCCGUCGUCAAGUGGUAUCGCAUCUCGGGGUGAUCAUAAUGCCGCUUCUCAAUCGUCGCCAACACUCCCACUUCCAAGCUCUUCUUCCUACUGUCGCUCGGAAAGUGGUGGACCGAUGUCUCCAUCGACGUCCACAGCGGCAACUCGAGGAAGCACGUCACAGGAUGAACAUCGUCGACAGCCUUCCAAUGCACUCGAUAUGAGCACGCGUAUUCCGGGGCCCUGUGCCAAGCCUCCGAGUCAAACCUCCAGUAUCAAGCCUGUCAGCGAGAAUGCACUGGCAUCAUCCUGUCCAUCUGCCACAAAUGACUUGAAACUCGACCAAUCUGCUGAGCCAGCUGUCCAGCCUGUGCAGACUUCAGACAAGUCCACUCCCAGCUCAUCUGGAAGCCCUGCCUCACAACCCUCGUUGAAGCUCUUCCCUGACGUCGCACCGCCACGCAUGUCCAGCAAGAAUGCGUGGAGGAUCUCAUCAGUGCCCCAAUAUCAACGGCCUUCUAAUUCGCCUUCAUUGAAUGGCGCAGAGUCUCCUCCUGGGACAUCAGAGACUAAAACUGCAAAAUCGAAACCAUCGGAUGUCUCUUCGAGGACUUCCAAGGACGAAGGAGAGCGACGUUGCUCUGGGGCUACUGCAACGUCUGCAGUUUCUACUGAAUCUGCCUCGGCUGAAAUCAGCAGUCCUCAGGUUGGCGCGCAAACCAAGAUCAAGUCGCGACCGCCGUCGUUGGCCAUGGGGACCCUCCAGGCAUUCCCACUGCCAGCACCAACUCGACCUUUACCAACGAUCCCACAACCCGGUCAUGCACCUCCAGCUGUUCCAGAUGCCAAAGCUCAACCGAUUGUCCAAACGGGCCGGUCGACUCUCAAGGUUCCGGACAUUCAGCCCUCGCAUCCAUCGCCCAUUGCUGAGGAUCCGCACGAGUCGGGCCCUGACAAGACACAGCCCGAUGAAGCAGAUACAGAUACUCGUCCUGCAACUGCACUUGGUUACGUGGGUGAAGUGGAGUUGAAAGCAGACCAUGAUAGUGCCAAGUCCAUUCAUACUCCCGAACGUCCAAAGUCAACAUCACCUGAACAGAGCACGCCGCGGCGACGUGCUUCCAGCAUUCGUAUACCACGCAUGCAGGAUUUGCCUGAAAGUCCAGGUCAUGAGGAACUUGAAGGUACACCAUUGGCGGACUCUCCUCUUCUGGGACAAAUGGCACUCACAAAGCCUCAAGAAAAGCGUGGUCCUCGCAAGACCCUCCGCAUCGAUGCUCGCAUGGAUCGCAAUAAUCUCCCUUUCGGUUUGCCUUCGCCGCCACCUACUGCAGCUCUCCCUUCUGCUCCUCCAACGCAGCCCCUCCCUGAGCGUCCUCGGAACUACACCGCUCCCAUCCCAGCAAGUGUGCAGUCUGUAAAGGGCGUGGACGCCCAGUUUGCUGCGGGCCACCAUAGGGCCUCCAUGAUCUCCCGCAGCAACAGCUCUCGCAGUAGCCUGCGCCAUGAGAGCAUUCCCGAGUCUUCCGAGCCAAAUCGCUGCGAGUCUCCACUCCCAUCCUCGGACGAUGAGGGCUUCGGUCCUAGGGCAGAGACAACACGCCCUCAUCGCAUGGCUGAGAAGCAUCCCAGACGUGUUCAUCCCCCCCACCAAGGACAUGCUAUCGUGGAUGCACGCGCCAGCAAUGGCCGUCUACGCUACCCUCAACCAGUUCGCACUCAAACACCCCAGGGCCGUACCAGCCGCACUCUGGAAAAGAGUGCCUUGUCUCCCCAGUCAACCUACUCCCAAUCCACACAUCGCUCUCGAGAAUCCCACAACUCGCACCGCACUCAACCAAACGCCAGCCAGAUGAAUCAAUACCUUGAGGAACGGGUCGCCAAUCUUGAACGCCAGAACCAAAUCCUUCAGGCAGCUCUCCUUGCUGCGCUCAACGCCGGCGUCAAGAAUCCCCUCGAAGGUCUGGGCGACUCCACUCUGCCCCCUGGCUUUUCUCAUCUGAAUCACGCAAAUCCGUAUCAGAGCCGGUUCACACCGCGUCCGGAGAGCUGGGUCAGUUCAUCCCACAGCAGUGAAAACAGCGGCUUCGAGACGCCUGGCUCGUAUCAUGAGGGUCGGCCACAUGUGCGACAACUGGACAAUAUGAUCGAGGAUAUUGAGAGUGGCGGAUGGAUGUCGGAUAAGUCGAGUAGGAGUGGUGCUCGUAUGGCGAGAAAUUGCUGA